AUGGCAGCUCCUACGGCAUCUCUCACACCGCUCAGAUUCCCCAAUGGAUCGGCAUCAUACACAUCUCCCACCGGCGAGCAGAUCCUGGCCUCUGUCAACGGGCCUGGCGAAGUAAGUCGGCGCGAUGUUCAGAAUCCCGAAGAGGCGACGCUCGAAGUGCUAGUGAAACCUGGUGUAGGGGUCAGCGGCCCUGGAGAGCGGUAUGUCGAAGGCAUUCUACGUGGCCUACUGGGUAGGGUGAUCCUGAUGAGGGAUAAGAAUAUGGCGCGCAGAGGGGUAGUCGUUACCCUUGUGGUGGUUGAGAAUCGCAUCGUGGACGGCAAAGUGGACUUGCGAGGCGGCAGCUAUCUCUCGAUAUUACCAGCUUUGCUCCAUGCAGCGUUACUCGCAUUACUAUCAGCCGGAAUACCGAUGGCAAUGAUCUACACAUCUUGUCUUAUCGCGAUAUCUGUGUCGGGCGAACUCCUUCCCAAUCCAUCCACGGAGCAGAUAAAAGCCUGCGCAUCAUUACACGUUUUGGCAUUUUCUUCCAAGGGAAACCUGCUCUUGAACGAAAGCCAAGGCUCCUUCAACAUGCAGCAGUGGGAAGGUGUGUAUGACCUUGCAGAAAGACUUUGUCGUGGCAGCAUUGCUGCGGACGGAGAGGAUAAGGAUAUUGCGAUGGAUGGAGGGGCCGCCAAUACGCUUGAGAGUUUUAUUCGAGAAACGGUUGAAGAUAAGGUUAGAGAAGAAUUCUCUUGGAAGCUUGCAGCUGCUUGA